CGUAAAUUGACACUAAAGACAUUCGACAACCUGUUGACUUAACGCUUCACCGCACAUUUCUCUGUAAACAUGCACAUAUGUAUGUUCGUAUAUACAUACAUGUCUAUGUACUCCCGACCCGUGCAGUUUGUGCCAUAAAUGUUGCGACGCGUGCUCGGCUAUAGUGCCCUCGGGGCGGGUCUUGUGAGCACGGGACUGAGUCUGCAUACCAAUGAUUAUGAUGUUAAUUCACUGGGCAUUGUGCGAUUGUCCCGCUCCGCCGCUGCCGUUGUCGACGUCGUCCUCACGUAUAAACGGGAGCUUUACUAUCGAGAGUGGGAUAAAACGACGCCGGAGUAUAAGGCCGAGAAGAGUCGAGCGCACAAAUUAGCCGCUGAGAAGCUGUUGCAGCUGAUAUGCACCAAUAAGGGAGUCUACAUUAAGGUUGGCCAGCAUAUUGGCGCACUGGAGUAUUUGCUGCCGAAGGAGUUUGUGCAGACUAUGAAAGUUUUGCACUCAGAUGCGCCGCAAAAUCCCAUCGAGGAUCUAUACAAAGUGAUACGCCAGGAUUUGAAAUGCAAUCCAGAGGACAUAUUCGAUAACUUCGAGCGGGAGCCCCUCGGUACAGCAUCACUAGCUCAGGUGCAUAAAGCUCGCCUGAAAACGGGUGAGGUGGUCGCCGUUAAAGUGCAGCAUCCUUAUGUGAAGGGCAACUCACGAGUGGACAUGAAGACCAUGGAACUGGCUGUGAAAGUGUUGGCGCGCAUAUUUCCUGACUUCAAGAUACAAUGGUUGGUCGAGGAGUCGAAAAAGAAUCUGCCCAUCGAGUUGGACUUUCUUAAUGAGGGUCGCAACGCCGAGAAGGUGGCUAAGCAAUUUGAAAAGUAUACUUGGCUGCGUGUUCCUAAAAUAUACUGGCACUUAAGCACAGCACGCGUCCUGGUAAUGGAGUAUCUGGAAGGUGGCCACGUGACAGACUUGGAUUACAUUAAACAGCACAAGAUUGACCCGAUUGCAGUAUCCAAUAAAAUCGGAAAACUCUAUUCGGAAAUGAUAUUCUCAACUGGCUUUGUGCACAGUGAUCCGCAUCCUGGCAACAUACUUGUGCGUCGGACACCCAAGCACAAUGUGGAAAUCAUUCUACUGGAUCAUGGACUUUAUGCAAACUUAAGUGACAAAUUUCGCUAUGAGUACUCCAACCUUUGGUUAAGUAUACUGAACGUCGAUCGACAAGCAAUGCGUAAGCACAGCGCAAAUCUGGGCAUCAAGGGUGAUCUGUACGGCCUAUUCGCUUGCAUGGUGACUGGACGGCCCUGGGAGACACUGCUGCAGGGCAUCAACAAAGUCAAGUAUUCCAAGGCGGAGAAAAAUACGUUGCAGAACAACACAUCGCUGGUGUUACCUCACAUUUCGGACGUGCUGGAACAGGUCGAUCGCCAGAUGUUGCUCAUACUUAAGACCAACGACCUAAUACGCGGCAUUGAGUCUACACUUGGCACACAGAAUCGCAUGACCGCCUUCUGGGUCAUGUCCAAGUGUUGUGUGCAGUCGUCCUAUGCAGAGAAGCGGGAACUUAAACAGACACAACGCUGGCGACUGCUGUUUCGCGAACGCUGGGAACUAUUCAAAUUGAACAUCUACUAUCUGUACCUGGGCCUAAUCAACUUUGGCUUCCUAACGGCACUCAAAGAGGUUUUAUAGGACCUCAAUUUUAUUUCAAAGCUAGAUGUAAUUUCUUUGGUUGUGCAAUGCUAGGGAUUUGUUUGAGCUGGGAUUAUUUAUUAAAGUACAAAUUUGAGGUACGUUUCUACAA